AUGGCGGCCGUGGAAACUUUCGUGAGCCGUCAGUUGGAGCUGCUGGAGCUGGAGCGGGAGGCGGAGCUGCAGGAGAAGAGGACCUGGCAGGAGAGCGUUGCCCCGAAGGAGCUCCAGCGCCGCGGCGUCUGCCUGCUGAAGCUGCGGGUCGCGAGCCAGCGGACGGGGCUCUAUGGGCGGCUGCUCGUCGUCCUCGAACCCAGAACAGGAGAGCCCGGAGCCCCCCUGCCCUGUAACAGCUUCGGGCCCGGUGACAUAGUGGGACUGUAUGAAGGUGCUGCUGAGACCGAGCAGCUGGCCACUGGCAUUCUGACCCGGAUCACGCAGAGAUCCGUGACCGUGGCCUUUGAUGAAUCCCCAGAGAGCUCCCUGGCCUUGGACCCAAGCAGCUCUUACCGACUGCUCCGACUAGCCAACGAUGUCACUUAUAAGCGACUCAAAAAAGCUUUAAUCGCCCUAAAACAGUAUCACUCUGGUCCAGCUGCAUCUCUUAUAGACGUUCUCCUUGGCACUUCCGAGCCAAGCAGCCCUGCUCUGACACAAUCGCUAACAUUCUGCAAUGACUCCCUGGACACAUCGCAGAAAGAUGCCGUUGGCUUUGCACUGGCCCAGAAAGAACUGGCCAUCAUCCAUGGUCCACCUGGCACCGGGAAGACCACGACGGUGGUGGAGAUCAUACUCCAGGCUGUACAGCAAGGUCUGAAGGUUCUGUGCUGUGCCCCCUCCAACAUUGCUGUGGACAACUUGGUGGAGAGGCUGGCUGCACGGAAGCAGAGAGUCCUCCGUCUCGGACACCCUGCGCGCCUUCUGGAUGCCAUCCAGCACCAUUGCCUCGAUGCAGUCUUAGCCCGAAGUGACCAGGCCCAAAUUGUGGCGGAUAUCAGGAAGGACAUUGACCAGGUAAAAAGCAAAAAGACCCAGGAGAGGAGAGACAAGAAUAGUUGUCGCAGUGAAAUGAAGUUGCUUAGGAAGGAGCUGAGGGAGAGGGAGGAAGCAGCCAUGCUGGCCAGCCUCACGGGGGCCGACGUCAUCCUGGCGACAAACACAGGGGCUUCCCCUGAUGGCCCACUGAAGUUGCUCCCUGAAGAUUACUUUGAUGUGGUGGUGAUCGACGAGUGUGCGCAGGCCCUCGAAGCCAGCUGUUGGAUCCCCCUGCUGAGGGCCAGAAAAUGCAUCCUGGCUGGAGACCACCAACAGCUGCCCCCCACCAUUGUGUCUCAACAAGCUGCCACCGGGGGGCUCUACCUGAGCCUGAUGGAGCGCCUGAUCAAGAAGCACGGAGAGCGGGUCGUGAGGAUGCUGACGGUCCAGUACCGCAUGCACCAGGCCAUCAUGCAGUGGGCGUCGGAGGAGCUGUACCACGGACGGCUCACUGCCCACGCCUCGGUGGCCGGCCACCUCCUGAAGGAUCUGCCCGGUGUCACCCCCACCGAGGAGACGAGCAUCCCUCUGCUGCUCAUCGACACGGCCGGCUGUGGCCUGUUUGAGCUCGAGGAUGAAGACGAGCAGUCCAAGGGCAACCCAGGUGAAGUCCAACUCGUCAGUCUGCACGUCCAGGCUUUGGUGGACGCCGGAGUGCACGUAGGUGACAUCGCCGUCAUCGCGCCCUACAACCUGCAGGUGGAUCUGCUCAGGCAGCAGCUUUCCCCCCGAUAUCCGGGGCUCGAAAUCAAAUCUGUGGAUGGCUUUCAAGGGAGAGAGAAGGAGGCGAUCGUCCUGUCCUUCGUACGGUCCAACCGGAAGGGCGAGGUCGGUUUCCUGGCCGAGGAUCGAAGGAUCAACGUGGCGGUCACUCGUGCCCGGCGCCACGUAGCGGUCAUCUGCGACUCCCGCACCGUCAGCAGCGACACCUUCUUGAAGAAGCUGGUGGAGUAUUUCUCUGUGAAGGGCGAAGCCCGCACGGCCUUCGAGUACCUCGACGACAUCGUCCCCGACAACUACUCCCAUGAAGGCCCUCAGGGGCCCGGCCAGGCAGCCGGGAAGCCUGGGGAGCCUGCUCGGCCCGGCCCCAGACCCCGCCAGGAAAGGCAGAAGGCCAGAGGGGCCCGGAAGUGCACCAGAAGCGGGCCCCCGGGCCAGGUGCCAGCGGGCACAGGCGUCAGCAAUGGCGGCCGACCCGAGGGCACCGCAGAGCCCUUCAGAACCAUGAUCACGGACUUUGUGAAGAGCGGCGAGACCCUGCUCGAGUUCCCUGCGACCCUGAACGCCCACGACAGGAUGCUGGUCCAUCAGCUGGCCGAGGAGCACGGGCUGAAGCACGAGAGUGUUGGCGAAGGGAAGAAGAGAUACAUCUCUGUGCGCAAAAAGGGCGCCGCUGCCGCCCCUGCCCCCGCCGCGGCCCCCACUCCCACCCCCGCCGCGGCUGCUGCCCCCUCCGCUGCCUCUGUGGCGCUCUGUCCAGCAGGGAUGGAGACCGAGGGGCGGGAGCUCCAGCCAGGGUGCCCAGGCCCAGGGAUGCCGUGCCAUGCCCUGGGGGAGCAGGACACCCCCAGGAGCAGUGAGAACAGUGUGAGUCAGAAAGCCCAGCCCUGGGAAGGAGGGCAGGUAGGGAAAGCCAAGCCUGGUCAUCCGGCCAGACAACACCAAGACCCUGCUGGCUCCCGGGCACCUAAAGCACCAGGAAAGAAGAAGGCGAAAGAGAGGAGAGGACACACGGGCGUGAAUGGCGCGACUGAGGAAGACUUUGAUGCGUUGGUCUCUGCCGCCAUCAGAGCUGAUAACACCUGCUGGCUUCCCGGGUGCAAAGCCAGCGUGACGACCUUGGGCCAGCUCUGCCUGCACUGCGGUCAGCGCUUCUGCCUCAGCCAUCACAUCCCCGAGGUCCAUGGAUGCGGCGAGAAGGCGCGAGCACAUGCCCGGCAGAGGAUCAGCCGAGAAGGGGUCCUGUACCCCGGCAGCGGGCCCAAGGACAAGGCUGUGGACCCCGUGAAGAGAGUCCAUCUCCAGAGGAGGCUGGACAAGAAGCUCGGGGAGCUGAGCAGCCAGAGGAGGAGCAAAAAGAAGGACAAGGACAAGUGAGGAGCCUUUGGACUGCUGGCCCUUCUUCUCCAGCAUCCCUGCGAGGAGUGAGCCGGUCUGGCCCCCCGCAGAGGGUGCCGCUGCUCACAUUCACAUAAGUGGGUGAUGACAGGGUAUGUCGGGACCUGGAGUGGGGGGAGUGUUGUGUGCAUGUGGGUCUGUCCAAGUGCGUGGGUCUGUCUGAGUGUCCACAUGCCUUCAGAAAGAGGUGGUUGGAUUUCUGGGCAUCGUCCUCACUGCUUGAGGGAAAAGACCCUGAGUGAAGGGAAUGAAAUAAAGUCUGUGAAACACUU